CGUGAACGUCUUGUUAUCGAAUGACCCGUCAUGAUAACGGGUGGCGCGUUCUCAGGAUCGAACCAUGCUAAAAUUGUCCUCUUUUGUCGGACGCCACGGCGCUAUUCGCUCGUCUCUGAACGCCAUGCAGUCAGCCUCAUUUGCAUCUGCUCCUGAAAUGAUCAAGGUGGAAAAGGUUGGGGACAAGAAGAAUGUCGCAUUGAUCACAUUAAAUCGGCCAAAAGCUUUCAAUGCUUUGUGUGGCCAACUUAUGACCGAGCUUUCAACAUCACUUCGAGAGCUUGAUAAUGAUGAUUCUGUUGGUGCCAUCGUUCUCACUGGAAGCCAAAAAGCUUUUGCUGCUGGUGCUGACAUCAAGGAAAUGGUGGACCGCGAAUUCGCGCAGACUUUCCGAGGACGAUUCUUGGAAGAGUGGACAGCUUUGAGCGAAACCUCUAAACCGGUCAUUGCCGCUGUGAAUGGUUAUGCCCUGGGAGGAGGUUGUGAGCUAGCUAUGAUGUGUGACAUCAUCUACGCUGGGGAUAAAGCACAGUUUGGACAGCCAGAAGUGAACAUUGGCACAAUUCCAGGGGCUGGUGGUACUCAAAGAUGGGCACGAGUAGCUGGAAAGUCAAUGGCCAUGGAAGUAUGUUUGACGGGUAACCGAGUAAGUGCCCAAGAAGCGAAGGAAUGUGGUUUAGUGUCAAAAGUGUUUCCAGCUGAACAAGUCGUGAAUGAAGCUGUGAAACUAGGAGAGAAAAUUUCUGAACAAUCACCCCUUAUUGUGCAAAUGGUGAAGGAGGCUGUCAACACUGCAUAUGAAACGACACUGAAGGAGGGCCUACGAUAUGAGCGGCGGCUUUUCCACACUACCUUCGCCACAAACGAUCGCAAAGAAGGCAUGAGCGCAUUUGCUGAGAAGCGUACGCCAAAAUGGACCUCUACGUAAUAUUUGAACAAGUUGCUCUACGCGGACAAAAGAAAUCGAUAGGUUUUAUGUUGUCAAUCUCAAUGUCAAGUUUUAUGGGUAAAAGUUAUAUCUUUUCGUAUCUCACAUGUACCAUGAACCUUUCGAU